AUGGAUACCCUUCAAGCCAAUGACUUUCAAUCCGAUGGCGCAUCGUUAGGGAAGAUACCUCAUUCGGCAGGAAACGAUCUGAAUAACAACUAUUUGGCAUCUCCUGUUCCAAAAUAUGCGUCAUAUCUUGAGUAUAUUGCGGAUCUGAAAAAGGAUUCAAGCUGUUACGAAGAUCUUUAUGCGAUAUUCACCUACACAUUUUGGGGACUUGGGACAUUUCAAGUUCUUCUCAUAGACACUAUGCUAUCUGGCGAAGUGACGAUCAAACCUUUUGCUUUUGAGCAGCUGCAUAACCUUGAAUCUACAACGGAGUCUUCUAACAGACUUGCAGAAAUCAAUGAGAGUAUUAUCACUGAGCUCCAGAGACAGACAGACAGCUCCAUGCAGACCAGAAUAAUCGUCAUCGAGAUUUGGGAUCGACAUGAGAGCGGAGUGCGAACAGUUAUUGAUAGAAUCGGGCUAGAAUAUGAUAUCGACCCAGCCUUCUUCUUGCAUUUCUUCACUGCAGGGGACGAGUCCCGAUCCGAAAAUUGCACAGCAAGACGACCCUUGUCGAAAAACCCGAAAUUUCUUCGGCUCCAUGGAAGCAUGGUAGCGAUGAUUCUCUCACGUACUGACGGGUGCGGAUCAGGGUACAAUACAGUGUCGAUACUCUCUAUAGCACCACACUACGAUCCUGACAUCCAUCCUUUACUUUUUAACGAACGCUCAAGCAUUAAUAACGGUAUCGAGAUAUCUAAUAUGGCAGCAAAACAGAAAUACAGAGAACAAAAUAUUCUCUGGUACUCGAAGGGUUAUCAAAAAUGGAUUCUGUCUCUUGAACGUAAUGCCAUUGUUGCAAAUGACCUCGAUCUAUUGAGUUACAUAGUACCGUGGCUGGAAUACAAGAUCUACGACUUAACUAGUUUGACCCGAGACCUCAAUGAUGCGAUCUGCAAAUCGGACGACACUGAAGAUAAGAAUGAAUGGGAGGAGCGGAUAACUUACCGUACCUCUGACCUAGAAAUGGCUGUCUGUUUACUUGAAGAGCUUUUCCAAAGUGUCGAUGAGUUUACAAAAUCCCUUACCCAACCUCAAUCAACUUCUGGUCUCAAUGUUGUUAUCAGAUUCUAUGAUCGCACAGUCAAUAAUGCACGGACGCUGCUUCAUAUAAGCACUAGGAGAAUGCAAGCGCGUUUGACAGAGACAUCAAUAGAGGAAUCCAGGAGAUCAGUCCAAGAAGCGAUUGCUGUAAAACAACUUACACAGUUAGCAUUUGUUUUCAUUCCGCUAAGUUUCGUAUCUUCCGUUUUCGGAAUGAAUUUAAACGAACUGACUGGUGCCGGACCACAUAUCUGGGUGUAUGUCACUACCUCCGUCUGUCUAGUGGCUACUGUGCUGCUCUUUGUCCCUAUAACGAAGAGGAUCGGGAGGAGAAGGAGAAAAGGUCAGAAGAACAUUCUCUUUUGGCCUAGAUGA